AUGGAUUACGAGUUGAUCCUCGACGCUUCGGACAGUGACCUGUUCGAUGACCAUUCCGUGGUCACCAAAUCUCCUCCACCUCUGGUCAAUCCCGUCCCUAUGCAGUCAACUCUCCAACCAUCUCGACCGCGCUCCAUAGUCCGCAUUCCGCGGCACAACAUUAUCCACUACUCAUCAUCGAGUAGCUCCGACCGGUCUCCGUCUCCACAUCCACCUCCACCUCCACCCCCGCCCCAGAGCAGAGGCCGCAGUCGCCAUCGCCGCCGUUCCGGAGACAGUCGCUCGUCGAAACGGAGGUCGCCCGACCGACCCAUCUCCUGGCCGUCGACCCGCCGUCGCAGCGCGGCCCCCGCACAUAUCCCGGUAUCGGCUCCUUCCCGUCCUGUCAUCUCGGAUUGGACAGUCGCUCGUCUCCAGCGUACCCUCAAGGACAGGCACAUUCCGUUUCGCCGAACCGACAAGAAGGCGAAGCUUUUCCAACUUCUCUCUGCUUCCACCUCCACUACCGGAUGGCCACUCACUUCCGGGUUCCCUGCCCAGCGUCACCUGCUGCACAUUCGACCCUUGCACAUGCAUCCCCUCAUCCCCACAUCCUUUCCUCUUCCCUUCCUUCAGCUGCAGCUACCUCCACACUUCCAGCUCCAACCACUCCAGCAGCUCUUUCCUCUCUCUCUGGCUCCACAACCACCUCCGGUCCCGCCGUUAACAGUCAUUCAGAGCCAUGCUCUCCCCGUUGCCGGUCCUCUCGCUCCGCCUGUCUCUAACACUGCACCCGCAAGCACCUUCACUCUGGCCUCCGCCAUUCCACCUGCUCACCCCCUUCCACCGGCACGCCCCUCCCCUGUUUCACCCUCCCUCCGCCAACAGAUUCUGUCAGCCCAGCUCAGGCACCCUUCUCCAUCCCGCGCCAAGGAACUCACGGCAGCAGAAUUCGCCUUCACAUUCUCCUUAUACCGAGACACCAUCUGUUCUGUCUUCCCCGACCGCAGGGCCGAGCUUGACGACUAUCUGUCCAUCAUCUUGGAUCUGGCCCUGCGGUUUGGUGGCACUGGUUUCUACACAUACCACUUUCUCUUCGCAUCCCAGGCUGCAGGUCGCCUCCAGCAAUUUAACCAGGGCACUUACUGGGACAUCCUCGACACCGAACUGUUGGUCACGCCUUCCAAAAAACAACAGCUGAUAAAGAUGCGUCACACCAACAGUGACACUCUCAUGAAGGCGGAAGUCAAACGCCGAAACAUGUCAAAGUCUGCCCUGAAGGACCACCCUGACCAUCAGUUCAUCCAUUUCCUCAUGCAUGGUCUCACUUUUGGCUUCCACCCUGGCAUAGAAACCCUCCCCGAAUCGUCCUUCACUUGCCAUAACCUCCAGUCCGCCCUCACAGAACCCGCCACAGUUGACAAGCUCUUAGCCAAAGAAGUCUCAGAUGGCUUCAUGAUUGGUCCAUUUUCCAGCCCUCCUUUUCCCAUCCACCGCAUUAGCCCUCUUGGCAUUGCCACAAGAAAAUACUCCGGAAAAAAGAGACUCAUUAUUGAUCUUUCUUCUCCUCACGGUACUGCUACCCGUAGCAUCAACAGCCUCAUCCCCAGCCCGGACUUUUCCAUGCACUACUCAACCAUCACACACGCCACCAAUCUCAUCCAUCGCGCCGGCCGUGGCACCUGGCUGGCCAAGGCAGACAUCACUAGUGCAUUCAAAGUGCUACCCAUCCGCCCAGAUUAUUGGGGAUUCUUCGGAGUCCACUGGAUAGGCCGGCACUACUUCGCUGUCCGUCUAACUUUCGGGUGCAAGAGCAGCCCCAAAAUAUUCGAUUCCCUUUCUGAGGCACUCUGCUGGAUCCUGCUGAAUAACUACAAACUCCCAUACGUCAUCCACCUUCUAGACGACUUCCUCACAGUUACCCCACCAGCCUCACCCCCGUCACACGGCCUCUCCACCCUCAAGUCAGCCUUCCACCAGCUCAGUGUCCCCCUUUCCCCAGAGAAAACGGCAGGACCCAGUACAUCCCUUGAGUUUCUCAGUAUCUCACUCGAUUCACUCACCUUCCAAGCCGCCCUGCCAACCGAGAAACUCCACUGUAUCUCCUUGUACAUAUCUAACUACCUCCUAGCCUCCCGCUGCACAAAGCGCCAGCUUCUCUCCCUCCUGGGCCACCUUAACUUUGCCAUCCGCAUCAUUCCCCAAGGGCACUCCUUCCUUUCCCAUCUUUUAGCCAUAUCUGCCACCAUUCCUUCACUCCACGAUUUUGUCACCCUUGACGCCGCCUGUAAGAUGGAUCUCCACAUGUGGCGGGACUUCCUCUCCUCUUGGAACGGCGUGUCCUUUUUCUAUGACGACCACCUGACCCAACCCGAAGACAUUCAGUUAUACACGGACGCCGCUCCCUCCAUCGGUUUUGGCGGUUACUACGGCGGUAAAUGGUUCGCCUCCAAGUGGCCGCUGGGAAUGUCCUCACUUUCUUACUCUUCAGCCCUCUACGAGCUGUACCCCAUUGUCAUCGCAGCACUUGUUUGGGGGCAUGAGUGGUCUUCUAAGGUCAUCCUCAUUCACUCAGACAACCAACCCACCAUUGACAUCAUAAACAAAGGCCGCUCCCAAUCUCUGGACAUCAUGAAAUUCGUACGCAGACUGACCCUAACUUCCGCCCAACAUCAAUUCACCAUCCGCGCCGCCCACAUUCCCGGUUCUCAAAACCUUCAAAACUCUAUUGCUGACUCCCUUUCUCGUUUUUCUUUUCAGAAAUCCAGAGCCUUGGCACCCAAUUCGGACCUUCAUCCAACGCCAGUCCCUCCAUUUUCAACCAGAAUCUUCCCCUAA